GCUGUCAUAAGAAACAGACCGAAGGGGCCCAGGCUUGUGUGGCCGGAGUGUACUUUUGCCUCCCAGAAGCUGUUCGGCCCAGCCACCUCCAGGUCCCCGCCAUCCCUGAUGUCCUGCCUCUUCAUGUCCCAUGAACCAGCUGUGAGCCUCUGGGCAUGCCCUGCUACAAGCUGGCUUUAAUCCUGAAAGCCAUGUGGCAGCCAAAGACUGCUGCUGCUUUGAAACAUAAAAUAGAGGCUCUGAUGGACAGAGGAGCAAUAAUGAGGGACUUGGAAAACCUGAGUGAGCGAGCACUUCCUUGUAAGAUCUCCACCCACAAUCAGUGGCACAACAGAGGUGAGUAUCUCCUGGUGGAUUUUUAUGCACCAACCAUAACUGUUGAAAGCAUGAUGAAGCACUUGUCUCCAAACGUAGAUGUGAUUAGACCGAAUAUUGUCAAACACACUCUGACCCAGGAACUAAAAGAAUGUGAAGGGACUGUCCCAAUCCCACUUGAAAAAAAAUUCUAUUACACAAAGAAGAGAAAGAAGUGAGAAGAUUCGCCAGAGUUUAGCCUUAUAUUUAAUACCUUCACAUUUGAGCAGCAUGGAUGAGAAGGAAUAGUCUACAAGCUUGGCCUUUAUAUAAGAGCGUAUUGCAGGUGCUAUUUGAUUUUUCGAAAAUAUUUUUAGCUUCUCAUCCCUUUGCUGUGAGAGGUGGAGAACCGCUUACUAACGGCUUUUCUGUAAUCUGUGGUACCAGUGGAUCAUUCUUGAUUUUGUUUUCAUUAGUGUCAUUUCUUUGUCAAUGAGGACUUUUCCCCUUACAACAGUAACACCAUUAUGAAGAGCAAAUCUUACAGUACCACCUGGGAUUGUGAGUUAGUCAUUCAGACUGCAUAACCAUGUGGAAAUAAAAAUUGAAGACCAUUUCCGAUCGAUGUGGUGACAUCAAAACAAAAUAAAAAUAAAUUGAAGACCAAUGUUAUUAUUUGCUUUGAGUAAUAAACUUUAUUUUAGAAAUUAAAAAAAAACAGACCAAGAUAGUGCACAGAUGUUAGAACGAUAAAUUUAAAAACAGACAACACAUAAGAUCAGAUGCAUAAUUACAAUAAAGAGAAAGAAACUAUGCUUGAAAUUUAAAAAAAAAAAAAAACACAGUCACAGAGAUGAAGAAUGCCCACAACAGGC